AUGCAAAAAAUAUGGACUAAUCAUGUUCGUGAGCAGGGAUCACUACCUAGUCAACCAGAUGUGAAUGCCCAAGAGCACUGCAAGGCUAUCACAUUAAGGAGUGGUAGAGAAUUACCAGAAGUUAGAGUCCCGGAACUGAGUGAUGCAACUCUUCCUCCUAAAAAGAGAAAGUCAUAUCAAACUACUGUGAAAAUUGCGGAAAAGAUUGUGGAUGAUCCAAAAGAAUAUAUUGCACCAAAAGCUCACGUGAAACAAUAUGUGCCUCCAAUCCCUUUUCCGCAAAGGUUGACAAACCGGAAGUUAGAGAAGCAAUAUGAGAAAUUUUUAAAGAUGUUUCGGGAGAUACACAUUAGCAUUCCUUUUGCUGAUGCUUUGGCUCAAAUGCCCCGUUAUGCGAAAUUCAUGAAACAGGUAUUAUCUAAUCGCAAGAAGUUAGAGGCGGUGGAGACAAUCAGUCUUAAUGAAGAGUGUAGUGCGGUUAUCCAACGCAAUAUUCGUCCUAAGCUCAAGGAUCCUGGGAGCUUUUCUUUGCCCUGCACUAUUGGAAAAGUCGGAGUAAAAAGAGCAUUAUAUGAUCUUGGACCUAGUGUGAGUUUGAUGCCAUAUUCAAUCUACAAAAGACUUGGUUUGGGAGAGCUAAAGAAAAUAAGGAUAUCACUUCAACUUGCAGAUCGAACUAUAAAAUAUCCACUUGGUGUGCUUGAGGAUGUUUUGGUGAAUGUUGAUAAAUUUGUUAUUCUUUGUGAUUUUGUUAUUUUGGAGAUGAAUGAAGAUGUUGAGAUCCCGAUUAUCUUGGGAAGACCAUUCUUGGCCACUGCUGGAGCAAGUAUUGAUGUGAAGGCUGGCAAGCUUUCACUAAACGUGGGUGAAGAAAAAGUCGAGUUUGAUCUAGAUCAAGUUUUAAAGGCACCUGCACUUGAAACUGAAAGUUUUGCUGUGGAUAUUGUUGAAAAACUUGUGAAGGAAGUCACUGAUGCUAUUCGCGAGAAUGAAACUGAAGUCGAUGAAAACAAUUAUGAAGAAUUCCGAGGAGAUGAUUUGAAGGAGAAGGAUGUGACAAUUGGACCAUUUGAGAUUAUUUUGAAAGAGCCGCCAUAA